CAGAGCUAGUCAGGCAGCAGCAUUCGGCCCUUCCCGUCUCGCCAUGGCGGUUCCCGCUGUCGAAAUAAAGCUAGCUCCCAUCAGCGACCCCUGCCGACUCUCCGGCAUCUUCGCUGUUAAACAGCGCCGCGUGCUCUGCUCUGGUCUCUCGGUUCCACCUCGUACUGCUGCCAUCCGACAGUUUUUUUGCUUCUUCGUCUGCCAUGCACGUCCGCGUCUGCCGCUUCGAUCCGACGACCAAAUCGAUGCGUCCUGGACUCCUGGAUAAACCGCCGGAUCAUUGCCCUGGACCUCCCUCGCCCAACCCCACCACACGCCACCGCGUACGCGAUGCAGGACCACCACCGCGCAGCAGGCGUGCCGAUACCUGGAAGCAUGAAAAUUCGAGCGCUGAUAAGCACGGUAUUGGCAGCAUGGACGGAUCCUUGCCCUUGGCCUUCAUCUUAGAGCGCAGCUUUAACAACUCCCUGAUUUCUUGUAAUCCCCGACUUGCAGCACUACUCCGUAGCAUUGCAGUUCGUUGUAUAUUAACCUCCGAAUCGAUCGUCGUAUGCAUCGGUCCCACGCCAGCGAGAACGCGGUGCUAUGCCAAGCGGACGGGCCUAGCCGGAAAGCGUCCCACAAUAGCCACAGAAUAGCUUCCCCUAUCCAAUUGGAUCCGGAGCCGUCCUCAUGGUUUGGCGAGUUGGG